AGGUAAGAGUAAGAGGAAGAGGAAGAGGAAGAGGAUUGAGACUCAUCAUAGUCGUCCCGAUCUCGAUCGCGGUGAUGUGGGUGGCGAUAUGGAGGAGGAGGAGAACGAGGAAGAAGAGGAGAAGAAGAGGAAAGAUGGGAGGAGGAGGAGGAGGAGGAGGAGGAGGGAUUUGUCAUCAUUGCGUAUUCCGUUAAGUAUAAAGAAUGUUGCGUUGAGAGGCUGUCAGAUCAAAAACUGCCCUUGGGUUAUUGGUGUGGCUGUGUACACGGGUUCACAUACCAAGAUGAUGCUUAAUAGCUGUCCAACCCCAUCGAAGAACAGUAGAUUAGAGAGGUUAAUGAACGUUGAGACAAUCUGGCUCACUGUUAUCCUUAUCCUUUUAUGUCUGAUCUCUGCCACAUCAUCAUAUCUGUUUAUAGCAAACAAGGAUCUCGAACAGAUUCCGUACUAUUACUUGGAUCUUGAGAGAGAAACAUCAUCAUCAUCAGCAGCAGGAGGAGGAGGAGGAGGAGGAGGAGGAGGAGGAGGAGGAGAGAGGAGGAUGAAAGUGGAAAUGACCAUGGCGGUGUUCUUCAGCUUCAUCAUCGUUUUCCAAGUGAUUGUUCCAAUCUCGCUGUACAUUUCGAUGGAGCUAGUUCGGCUUGGGCAGUCGUACUUGAUGGUGAGAGAUCGAAGAAUGUUCGAUGAAGAUUCGUCAAACAGCACUCCGUUGCACUGCCGUGCUCUGAACAUUAACGAGGAUUUGGGUCAGAUUACGUAUCUCUUUGCAGAUAAGACGGGGACAUUGACAGAGAAUCGUAUGAUUGUGCGGAGGUGUAGCAUCAGGGGAGCGGAUUAUAGAAUACUGGCAGAGGUGGAGGAGGAGGAGGAGGAGGAGGAGGAGGAGCAAAGGAAGGAGGAGGAGGAGGAGAGGGUCCUGGAGGAGGAGGAGGAGGAAGAAGAAGAGGGCAGAAUUGAGGAGGAGGAGGAAGGGCGUGGAAAACAUUCCUUUUUCGGCAUGGACGGAAAUAGCAAAGCGUCAGCAACUGAUGAAUCUGGACUAAAAUCAAGUUCUGGACAGAAGUCGCGAUCCCGACACUCUCAUUAUUACUAUAAUAACAAAGCAGAAACCAAAGUGGAAGAUCACAGAGGUGCGCAGAUGGGAGAUGGUAGUGGAGUCGGAGCAGUUGUUGGAGUAGGAGUAGUUGUAGGAGGAGGAGGUGGUCACAAGUUGAGUGCAAGCACGAGUGCCAAAGCUCUGAAGCUUACCGUUAAUUUCCAAGAGGAUGAAGCGAAGGCUAUUGACGACUUUUUCCUUGUGCUGGCUGUCUGCAACACCGUCAUUCCCGCUCGAGGAGGAGGGGAUUUGGUGGUACCCGGAACGGGAGGACAACCGGUCAGGAAUGUGAACCAGAAGCAGAAGCAGAAGCAGAAGCAGAAGCAGAAGCAGAACCAGGACCAAGACCAGCUCUCGAAGCAGACCGGGAACCAGAGGACGAUCGGUUGUCUGCAGAAUGGUUAUGGAGGACAAGUCAUCGAUUACGAGGGUGAAUCACCCGACGAAGUGGCGUUGGUGAGGGCGGCGGCUUUGCAUGGCUAUGUGCUUGUGCAGAGGACGGCAGAGUUCAUUCUUCUGGCUGUUUGCGGUGAAGUGCGCAGCAUGCCAACUGGGAUGGGCAGCUGUGGAGAUAAGGGUGCAGGGUUCGGAAUCCUCGGCCUUCAUGAGUUCGACAGCACGAGGAAGCGGAUGUCGAUCGUUCUCAAAUGUCCGGAUGGGACGGUGAAGGUUCUGUGCAAAGGUGCCGACGCGUCUGUGCUGCCCCUUCUGCAGCCAUCAAAUCUAGACGGCGAUGACCGAGAGCAGCCUUCCACUACGGACACCGUCGACAGGUCGUUGGACGGGAGAGUGGAAGCAUUGGAAGCGCCAACUCUGACACAGCUGACAUGUCAGCAUUUGGACGAGUACGCGGGGAACGGGCUUCGCACUCUCAUGGCAGCGUCGAAAACCUUUAACGGCGCGGAGUACGCUGAAUGGCUUAGCAAAUUUGAGCUGGCAGGAAGAGCAAUCGACGGUCGCGCAAGGUUGCUUCGGGAUGCAGCUGCGUCCGCGGAGCGGUAUUUGACGUUGCUAGGAGCUGUGGGUAUCGAAGACAAGCUGCAGGAAGGGGUUCCUGAGACGAUCGCGCUGCUGCGAAGUGCUGGGAUGAAGGUCUGGAUUCUCACAGGGGAUAAGCAGGAGACGGCGAUCGCGAUCGCAUUCUCGUGUCGGCUUUUGAUGGAAGAUAUGACGCAGAUUAUCGUCAAUGAGAAAACAAAAGAGGGCUGCAAGAGGGCACUGUUGGAAGCCAAAGCUGUGGAUGCAGAGCUGAAGCAUUCCACGGGGGAGGUUCGUCCCAUGGACUAUGGCGGUGGAAAAAACCGCAAGCACCUCGCUCUUAUCAUCGACGGGGACAGUUUGGCGCAUGCCCUGGACGAAGAUCUUGAGCACCAGAUGGCAGAUGUUGGAGUCGGCAUCAGCGGGCAGGAAGGCCGUCAGGCGGUUAUGGCUAGCGACUUUUCGAUUGCGCGUUUCAAGUACUUAGGAAGAUUGCUGCUCGUGCAUGGCCAUUGGAAUUAUCAUCGAAUUGCGUAUAUGAUCCUUUAUAACUUCUACCGCAAUGCCUUCUUUGUAUUCCUCCUCUUCUGGUAUGUGUUCCACAAUGCAUGGUCGCCGCAGAUGUCGAUCAGCGACUGGAAUCUGAUCUUCUUCACUCUCGUCUACACGUCCGCUCCGACGAUUGUGGUUGGCAUUUUGGAUCAAGAUCUCGACGACCGGACAUUGUUGCGCAUUCCGGGUCUGUACGGGUUUGGCCGGCGGGAUGAGGGGUACAAUAAGCGGCUUUUCUGGGUGAUGAUGGCAGAUGUUCUGUGGCAGAGCCUGGUGGUCUUCUAUGCGGCCUACUUUGCCUUUGUGGAGUCUACGGAGGGGCUGUGGGAGUUGGGCUCAUUUUUCACUUUGGCAGGGACGCUGGUCUGCACAUUCCACCUGGCGUGUGACACGUGGCAUUGGACAUGGAUAAAUCAUCUCUUCCUAUGGGGAUCUGUCAUUGUGUGCAUUGUAUGCCUUCUAACUUUUGACAGCCUACAGAGCAUGCCUCAGUACAUGGUGACGUUUGUUGCGAUGCACGAUGCGCAGUAUUGGCUGCUUCUGCUGCUUGUUGUCGUUGCGGCGCUUCUUCCUCGUUUCGUCGUGAAGGCCGUCCUUGUCAGAUGGUGGCCGAGCGAUUUACAAAUUGCAAAGGAGCAGGAACGGCUUUUCGAAACUCAGGAUAACAAAGGAGUUUGUGCAGCAAGCACUGCUGCUGAAACUGGAAUCUUGUCUGCGAUUGUCUUCUCUCCCGGCAACAGCGUGCAAGAGGACCCUGCAUCUCCAGGAACGGACAUGAAGAGGCGAGGGCGGAAACGGUCGUGGUCCUUGUCCAAGCGAUCUGGCAGUGGGCUCCUCUACUCCGACUUUCAGCCCUUGGAAGUGGAGAUGCCUGCCCGCGUGUGAGGAGAGGGAGAGGCAUGCAUAUUUUUUGAAGGGCCCUGUUUUUUUUUCAUAUCUGGUGGCAAGCUCCUGUACUCGGACUUCCUGCCCGGUCAGGUGCAUCCUGGUCUGGCCAGAAUUGUGGUCAGAUGCGUCCAGGAAAGUCCCAUUGUGAGUAUGCCCUAUGCCCUAUGCAGAUUUUUCGAAGGCCUCCAUCCGUCCGAGUUCACAUCUGGCAGCAGGCUCCUAUACUUGGACCUCCAGUCCGCUCAGGUACAUCCUUGUCUGGCCGGAAUUGCGGUCAGAUACGUCCAGGAAAGUCCCAUUAUGAGUAUAUAUAUGCCGAAUGCAGAUUCUUCGAAGGCCUCCGCGUGCAUUCACAUCUGGCAGCAGGCUCCGGUACUCAGGACCUCUCGCCCGGUCAGGUACAUCGUGUUUUGGGCAGAAUUGUGGUCAGAUACAUCUAGGAAAGCCCCAUUGUCAGUAUGCCCUGACUCUCUUCCACCCCCCCCUCCAUGCAAGUGGAGAUGCCUCACCAGGCCCACUGGGAUUUUUCCUUGAUGUAUCUGACCUCAAUUGUGGCCAGACCAGGAUGCAUCUGACCAUAAUUACGUCCCCAGCUCAUUCCAGAAAAAAGAAGUGACAGUGUGAGUAGGAGGGUGAGAGGUAUAUGCUGAGUUGAAGGCGUCCAUGCGAGUCGAUAUCGAAGAGAGCAUUGGGGUCGGUCGGUGCACUCACACUGGGACUUUGCCUCGAUGUAUCUGACCUCAAUUGCGGCCGGACCAGGAUGCAUCUGACCAUAAUUGCGUCCCCAGCUCAUUCAAUAAAAAAGAAGUGCCAGUGUGAGUAAUGCCCUCAGUGUGACAACCUAGCGAGUGAUAAUUUAGGAGAACAAAAGAGUCUUCGAACG